AUGAAGGAUGAAAUUGAGGCUUCAGAUGUUGAUGGAGACUCACCGCUCAGCACAGCCAAGAAGCUUCUUCAAGAACUGCGUGAACAGGCCAACAAAGAUAGAGAUUUCACGAAGAUUGGUGGAGAAAUUUCGCAGUGCGUUUUUGGACGAUUCGAAGUUCAGCCAUCUGCUCGACUUUACGUUGCUGUGCCAGCUCUGAUGGUGAACUAUGUCGAACACAUGUUGGUAUGUAGAGAUCGACUGAAGAAACGUUUGGCCUAUAUUCUUACGGUACUCAAUCUCUGGCCACAAUUUACAUCAUUGAACUGGUUCCGAUCAGUGACGAAGAAAUGCGCUGCUGAUCAUGAGAUGUUGACGGAGGAGAUGAAGACGUCAAAGGAUUCACGUGGCGUUCACCUGAAAGCUACUCGGCUAAAUGCGUAUGAAAGGGAAUUCAAGCUAUUGUCGUUCACUUUUCAAUCAGCACGGGUAUUCUUCUCAGUCGAUGAUGAUGAGGAUUAA